UAAACAACAUUAGCGAUGCGGGCUUUAGUUUCAAUAAUUAUUAUCAUUGUCUGCAUAAUUACGCCAAGUCUUUGCAAAACUUGUACAGACCUCUUGCGUGAACUGGCCAACGCUCAAAUGGAAUUCGUUUACUGCAACACGAGGCACGCGCUGCCCGUUCAGGACGAGCGCCUGUGCAAUGGCUGCAAAGUAAGAUUUGACGAAAUGUCAACAUCUUACAGCGAUCUGAUGAAAAGCUGCUCAAAAAUUUACACAGACGCAGAUCGCCUGAAUAUCUUGACAACCACACAAAGUAUGCUGCAGAGCCUGUGGGAUCGUGCCUAUUGCGAGGAGUGCUUCAAGAACAACAACUCCGGGAACUUUACAAGUUUGUAUGACAGUUUCUCGACCUGCUUGGCGGAGCACCCAGAUAGCAAGUGCACCAACUGUCUGCUUGAAUAUAUAAACAUGAACAACUUUUACAAGAAUUUGGAUAAGGAGAGCAAUGGCAAAAUGUGCUUUGACAUGCAGGAUAUAAUGAAUAAAACGCGCGUCCUAUGGUCCAAGGAUCUAAAGUGCUGCAAGCGUGAAGUGAAAAUGUCCACGUUCCUGACGACCGUCGUCGUUGUCGCCGUGCUGCCCAUUCUCCUCCUCUACAGCGGCGCCAUUGUGCUCACUAAGCGCCGAGAGGCAAAUCACGGGCUGCUCAACGAGCAGGAGCCGGAACUGGAUGCACCGUCCACAUCUCAGCUCAUUACAGCUGCUAUUCUAUCAACUCCGACGGUGCCGCCAGCUGUUGUGGACUCAAAGUUUAAUAAAAUAUCGAACCUGUUAGCUACACGUGAUUCCGAUUUAUCGAGCGAUGAUGAACCAAUUCUACAUCCAAAACAAAGUAAGCAACUGUUAGGGGAUUCGCCGAAAUAAGUUCUAAUGCAUGACACACACAGACAUAUAU